UAUCCCCAAAAGGAACUAGAGGAAGCAAGGAGACACUUCAGGGAAAACCCCCAAGUGAGGCCUUUGAUUAAAGCAGAAUUUGCUUAUAUAAAUGAUGAGGAUAAUGACCCACAUACUACAACUAAAGAGAUACCAUACACUCCCACUGAAUUGGCCAAAAUGAAAAGAGAAUAUGGGCACCUUCCCAAAGAAUCCGAAACAGAGUAUGUGUGGCGUGUAUCUUUAACUGGAGGGGACCAAAUUCAGUUAAAUGAAAGGGAAGCUAGUGGUGUCGCUGGUUACUGGGGCCACGGUGUCUUUUUAACAACAGGGGAUAGACGUGCCCCAUGGUCCCUAACCCAGCGGGCUGCCUAUUGGGCCGGAGGGCUGAACCCCUUAGACAGGGGAGAUCCCCUAGCAAUCACAGGCACAGCUGAUCAAUUGCUAGAAAGUGUGCACAAAGCAGCCUGCCUGCAGAUGAUACAUGAAAGGAAGUUAGUUCCCGGAUGUGAAUCCCCAAUGAUGUUGCCGGUGAAUCCUGAAAUCAUGACUCCUUUGAUAAGGGGACUCCCAGAAUCACUUAAAUCCACCGGGAUUGUUCUCCAAAGGACCAUAGCAUCUUUAGAUGCUGUAGAAAAGUUGGAGAGCUCUACUAAAGGUAAAGGAGAUGAAAUUGAUGUUGGCACAGGUUCACCUCUCAAUUAUGGCCCACCUCUUUCCCACUCAAAGCAUAAAAGGAUCUGGACAUGGGGAGAUAUAGCACAAGAAUUGAUAGAUUAUAGCAGAAAAUACGGUCCUGUGAGAACUUUGGAGGAGAAAUCUAAAGGAAUCCGUCAAGUGGGAGCUAAAAAUCCACCCCUAUCUGUUAGUAAAACUGUAACCGCUCUCACUGACCCCGCCACUGUUGCUGACUAUUCCUACUCUAAAACUGGGGGAGGAGGAAGACAGCCCCUGACUCGACAACAAUGGUGGGCUUUGGGAAUUAAAAAGGGAGUUCCCAGAGAUGUGAUGGAUGGUUUACCCCUUAAUAAACUGAGUAAACUG